AUGAUGGGAGAAUCUGGCUCAUCUUCUGCUGACAUUUUCAUGAGCGAUGGCUCUUCACCGAACUCUGAAACAUGGGAAGACCGUUGUCGUAAUAUUCGAUUAAACACGGCGGACAUCAACUUGUUAGUACUAGACUACUUGAUCAUUCAGGGAAAUGAACAAGGAGCUCGUAUUUUUGCAACUGAGGCUGGAAUUGAAGAUUACUUUAUUCCAGGAAGUAUCAGAGAGCGCAUGGAAGUGUGUGAAUUAAUCCGACAAGGAUCCAUAAACUCGGCAAUGUAUCAGCUUAAUGAAUUAGAUCCUGAGAUUUUGGACAAAAGUACUGAGCUUCUUUUUGAACUUUUGCGCUUAAAGUUGAUUGAACUUAUUCGCGAAGCCAUGAAUCGAGAGGAUGCUUCAGAUGCUACGAUCGAGAAAUGCUUGGCAUUUGCUACCGAGAAUUUGGCUCCAAUUGCUCCUUUGAAUCCUUCUUUUCUCACUUCACUAGAGCUAACCAUGUCUUUGCUUUGUUUUUCACCUACUUCUUAUACACCAGCUUUAAAGAAUGCGCUAGAUCCUUCUCAACGUGAACGUGUUGCAAAUUUGGCAAACCUGGCGAUGCUCAAAUCUCAAGGCCUGCCGAAUGAAUCUCGGCUUCUCGCCUUAGUCAAUUUUGAGAGCUGGUGUAGAAAGCAAGCAGAGAAGCAGUCUAUCCUUGCCCCUCCAUUUGCUACAAGUCCUUAA